CUAGCGGCAACGACAGCCUAUCUUUAGGUUGGUUGCUCUGGUCACAUGAGUUGCCCUCACUCCAACCACAACACAGCCAUGUUGCCGCAUACUCUUGGCCCCAAGGCGUCGUCCUUCUGCUCCACGAAAUCCAUGUCGCCAACCAAACUCUUGGACCCUCCCACUCCCCCAGCGCCACCAUCGCCACAGCCCAACCAGCCACAGCCACCUGCACGAACCAACCAACCGCAUCUGCAGUCACACCAUCUGCUGACACGGCAGCAUCAAAUGCAGCGGACGAUGAGAGCCGAAGACUUUCGUGGCAUGAUGGCGCUCAAGGAAGAUGCGGAAAAGGUCGCCCAUCGGUCGUUCGUGCGACGGCUCGUCGACGGGCGGACUCAAAUCCCUAUGUUGAACCACCGCCGCGAAGGAUACGACCUCAUGAACGUCACGAUCGAUGCCCACUUGACGACGCUGCAGUGGUCCCCCGUGGUGGUGAUGGCCACACCCGAUGCCCUCCACCGACAAGGCCAGACAGUUCAAACGCUAAAUUUGGAAGAUGUCGUGUCCAUAGUUCCGUGGACACAUAAACUGCCGACAAAAAAGCCGUCCAUGACCGAGCUGGAAAUGGCGAAGAAGGGCGCGCGCUGGUACUUUGGGCUGUGUGUGGCAUAUCCCAAGCGCCAUCGCACCCAACAGCUCACCAUGUUGUGCACCAACGCCGCAGAACAAGAGCAACUGGUUGCGAGUUUCCGAACGCUGACCCGCGCCGCCAAGCAACGGCAAAGUGCCCUGCAACUUUUAGAACGGACGAAGUUGGAGUACGUCGAACCCGUGCGACCCACCACGACCGUCCAUCGCCCUUCCAUCCCGUCAUCGUUGGGGCAUAAAUGAUAUCUGAAGCACUAGAUUUAAAGUAUAACGUUGCAACCAUAAUCGUUCCG